AUGCAGUCCUCUCCAGCAAAGUCUCCCAAAAAACAUAAUUCCGAUUGUGCAUGGUAUCAAUGGUCCACCGAUUUCAAUGCUGACCAUGAGGACUUUGGCGAUAAGGUACCAAUUGGUGCCCUCAACAUACUGUCAGGGAGAAAGAAGACAAAGAGCCCAAAUGAUUAUCUCCAGAAGUGGAAAUUUCGGACAAACAAUUAUCUCAGAAUCCUUCAUGAACGAGAGGCUCCACCUGAAGACAAAAAAUGCUGUGCAUGCGGCUCUGAGUUCCCUGCAUAUAGAGAUGAGCACUGGAGACUGCCUUUCCAUAAGAUAGGCAAAUGGAAUGGAGGAUUUUUCGAGGAAACGUCUCUGACCAAGAUAGGUAUGGACAUUUAUCUUGGGCAUCAGGGAAUGCCUUGUCCAGCACUUGGGGAUAUCCAUGAAUGGGAGGACACCGACAGGCCCAUAUAUCAACCGGCAGAGGACUUCCCUACCAUACUCGAGCCAUCAUUCUUGAACCACAAGCAAUGCAUCACAGUUGUUGACAAGUCCGGAGUCCAUUCUAUCAUGAUAAGGUUUUGUCAAUGUCCGAAUGCUUGCACACCUGAUAAGCAAUUAUUCGAGAUGGCCAUGUUUCCGGCAUCCUUCACCCGACCCAAGACUGUGUUUACCUUUCCGGUGCUGGAUGGUUUUGCAUUGGACAACUUGGAAUGCGGAACUUCAGCAAUGAAUUACUACAACAAAUUGACGUCCAGUAUAUUUCCGCAUCUAGUCCCAGAUCGUUACAGAGAAUUAAUGAGAGUGGCACGGCAAUGGCAACAGCUGAAGCUGCUUAAAUGGAAUGGGUUUGCUUAUGAGAGCAGAAGUCCGACGUCCGUGGAACUCGCCCUCUUUUGCCCGGCUUACCUGCAGCCCAGUAUCAAUGCCCCACUCCCAGCCGAUAGGAAUCCAGAUGAUCCCAAGCACCUUCAUCCCACUCAUCUGGACGAUGAAGUCUGGUUGACGGAUGGACAGUGCUUCAUGGUUUCCAAAGACCAAUACAAGGCUCAUCUCGCAGUUGCAAACAAUCUUGUUCAACCUUCCGAAAGCUACCGGGAUAGGCGGGUGCGCGUGCACCCACCACGGCUGUUUUGUGCCUCAUUCUGUUGUGGAUUUUCAAAAGGGCAAAUGGCAAAUGAAUAUGGACUAUGCCCUAUGUCACGCAUCAAGCCACCACACCGAUGGGCUCAGCCAAGCUUUACAUUUUAUGACAUUAAUUGUCAAUACAACAAACACUUCUGGCAUCGGGUGAACAAGAGCCUUCAUUUGAGCAUCCCUUCUGGAAUGGAAAUCAUACCAGGCAUUGGCCUCUGGCAUGUUCAUGGACACCAAGACAAAUGCUAUGUUAGGUAUGCAUCAACAUUUAUUACCGGUGCCGCUAGGAUCGACGGCAAAAUCAUGGAGACGUUGUGGGCACCUCUGAAUAUUAUAUCUCCUGCCAUGAGAGGGAUGUCCACUCCCCAUCGGCAAGAGUGUCUCGAUUACCAGAUGAAUGACUCCAAUUUUAUGAAGAUGAUUCGCAUGAGUGGAUUUCUUUGCCAGAAAUAUAAGGAAGCUAUUAAGGGUGUCGCAGAAAGCGCCUCUGCUUUUGACAAGCUCAACGAAACUGCUGAUCCUAUCAUGGUUGCAACAUGGGAAGAACAGGACUGA